UUUUUUUAAUUGUUGACAGAAGUACAAAAUUGUUUUGCAAGCCGAGUACAUGAGAGAGGAUGCAGACAACACCACAGUAGCGCGUCACUUGGAGGCGUACCUGCUAUGGCUCUUUGGCUGCACCCUCUUCUGCACGUCGCAGGGGAACUCGGUGCUUAAGCACCUUCUUCCAUACGUGAGGGCCAUUGCGGAGGCCCCGCUCGAUGAGGUUCCACAGUACAGCUGGGGUUCAGCUGUGCUGGUGACCACAUACAGGGGUCUUUGCAUGGGCUGCGUGAAGGUAACUUCGACGGAGCCUAUCUUCCUUGGCUACUCGCUGUUGCUUCAACUUUGGGCCUACGAGCGGUUCCCGAUAGGGCAACCUCGUGUGGACAUGUCCCCCUACCCUGGGGGUUUUGACGAGGACGACGUCGACAGACCCACGAUGGGGUCGUUGUGGUGCCUGAGGAGGGCGGUUUGGAUGGGGCUUCAGACAAAGAAGUCCUACCCGGACUUCGUUGGUAUGUUCGACGCUCUGGUCGACACUGACAUGAGGUGGAGACCGUACAGCUUUGAGGAGGUGGAGGCUCGUGCCCCGCAUGGCCUGUCUUCACUAUGCCAUCGGAACAUGGCGUACUGGAUGACGAAGAGGCCACUAGUCUUCGACAUCCAUGUCGAGGACUAUGCGGUUCACCAUGUCAUGAGGCAGUUCGGCCUGUACCAGGACUCCUCGCUUCCGGCAACAUCAGCGGUUCCGGCUUCCGUUCACAGGGCUACCCGUCAGGGUGGUGGUAGUGGGCUUGGAGUCCUAUGGGCUCCGAGGAUGGUUCACUAG